AUGCAGCAGCGUGAGGAGCACCUGAGCCGGGAGAUGGCUCGGCUGCUGCGGGAGCUGGAGCAGAGCUCCUCUGCCUGGGGAGACCUGCUCUUCGCUACCUUGCAGCAGUGGCAGUUGUGGGCGGUUGCUGCAGUCCUGGUCCUGCUCUUUGGACUCUGCUGGUGGCUCUGGAAAAGCAGCCAUCAGCCAAAAAGCGGCAGUGAGGAGGAGAGCUCUACCAGAAAUACAGAGCUCAAGGAGGAGGAAAGUGAAGAAGAAGAUUCUGAUGAAGAGAGGGAUCUGUUCAGGAUUUUUGGAAAUCACUUGCUGUGGUCAGUGCAGAGCCUGUCCCACAAGAGCCAAGUGGUCGAGGACCUGGUGGAUGACCUCCUCGCUGUCCUCCAAGAGAACUUGGCAACAAGUUUCUUUCCAGUCCUGCACCCAGCUAUCGGGGUGGGCAGCACAUUUGAAGGUUGGAGUCCCCGUGAGUAUGAUGCUGUCUACCGCCUGCUUGUGCCCCUGAAGCCUCCCCACGGGCACACCUUCCACCUGGAGCUGGGCACUGCGAGGCAGACACCAGAAAAGAACUCCCGCAUCCGUGUGGAACUGGAAUGUACGUGCAUGAGGGACCAGCUGGUGGAGAACAGGCUGUGCUUCCUCCACCACCCCCAGGAGGAGCUGAGGAGAAACCCGGCUGCCAGCCUCCUAGGCACCCUCUGCACAGGCUCAUACUUAGAUGCAGUGAAAACUGCCCAGUGGUUCCAGAACCUGGUGAGGUCAGCCUGGCGGGAGGAGCCUCCGUCUCGUCUCUACAGUAUGAAGUUGUUGCCCUCCAGUCGCUCCUGCAAGCUCCAACUGACCAAUGAUUCUGGGAGAAACCUUUUCAUUGAGAUGGUGUUUGGGGUGCAGCAAGGUGACUCGGACAUCUUCCUGAGCAGCCACACUACAGAGGACACCAUCCCAAGCACAAUGUGGGCAGAGAGCUAUGCUGUGGCAGAGGUGAAAUUCUUCAGGCAUAUCGCCACACAGGCUCCACACGACACCUUCCACCUCAAAUGCCUGCAGCUCUAUGCCGGUAUCUUGGUGGACACAGGCAUUUCCAGCUAUAUCUUGAAGACAGUUGCCAUGCACCUCCUGAACACCAUACCCCUGGCAAACUGGAGCAGGACAGAAUUCCUGAUGCGGCUGGAGGAUAUCCUGCAGUACCUGCACAGCUGCCUGGAGGACAAACGCCUCGACCACUUCUUCUUUGGCAAUGAGAACAUUCCUGAGGACAUCAUCUUACCCCCAGACUUCCAAACAGCAGAGCCGAUCAACCUCCUCCAGCACCUGGUGGAGGACCAGGCUGCCCACGCCAGGGCAGUAUGUGAGUUCAACGAAAUUCAAGAUGAGCUCGUCAGACUGCUCUUCCACGGAUGGUGA